AUGCUGUUUAAAGAUAAAGCACUGGAAGCGUUGAAAGAAGGUAACUACACAGGUGCUAUAAAUUUCUACACAUUGGCAUUGAAAAACGAACCGUCCAAUUCCAAGUUGUUCUCGUCGCGAGCCAAGGCGUACUACUUGAACCUUCAAACUGGAAGCAGUAACCCAACACAAGCUCAAUGGAAGAAAAUAGCCGAUGACUGUUCUACUUCUUUGUCCUUGGAUAAGGAUAACUAUGACGCGAUAUACUAUAAUGCAUUAGUGCAAUCAUAUGGCUACAAGAGAUUGGAAAAGGGUCUCAAGCUAUUAAAUGAAGCAUACACCAAAUCACUAAGCCGGGUCAAGCAGUCUAAACAUUACCUGUUACCGCAAGAAAUUUACAUGGAGAUCUUGAAGCUCAAAGCAAAUAUUCGUGAAAUGAGACUCCAUGAGAAUUUGGCCAACGCAAACCCCUUUUUUAACAAGUUGGUAUACCUUCUCCAGCAAGAGUAUGAAAGGAAAUUAAAAGAGCUCAUGUCAAAGGACAUGCAGAAACCUGCUUUUGAUUAUGCUACAACAAAAUUGGCAGUGGAAUACAACAAUGAGAUUAAACAAUUGAUUGAUAUGUUUGAAUUGAAGCGCCGCAAUGUUGAAGAGCAACACAAAGAAGUAAAGGAGUUGAAAAAAGAUGAACAGAAAAACGGUAAAAACAACAACAGCAGCAGCAGCAGCAGCAGCAGCAGCAGCAGUGAUAGUAGUAUUGCCAGUAGUGCUAGUGGUAGUGGUAAUAGUGAAAAGAAACAAGCACUUGAUGUUGGGAUUGAGGCUCCAGAAUACUUGUGCGAUCCAAUCUCAUUUAACAUUUUCCAUGACCCUGUGAUUACGCCGUCCGGUCAAUCCUUUGAAAGAUCGUGGUUAUUCCAAUACCUCAGCUCCAAUGAAUGUGACCCAUUGACGAGACAGAAGUUGACAAAAGAGGACUGUUACCCGAAUUUGGGCCUCAAGGCUUGUGCCGACAGAUACCUUGAAGAUGUUGCAAACCAUUCGCCUUAG